UGGGCUGUUGGCAGUCGGGUGAUCCGACGAACGGCUUCAGUGUUCAUUCCACUGCACUCAAAACUCUCCAGACUCCAGUCUCCCGUCAUCUUCCCUAAGCCCUAGCGGCAUCGAGAGGCAUGGCGACGCAACCGCCAGCGUUGCGCCACCGCGACUCGGCGCCGGCGAUCCCGGACGAGCUCUCCGAGGAGAUACUCCUCCGCCUCCCGCCGGGCGACCCAUCUUGCCUCGUCCGCGCCUCCGCCGUCUGCAAGCGCUGGCGCCGCAUCGUCUCCCAACCAAACUUCCUCCGCCGCCUCCACGAGCUCCACGGGACACCACCCCCGUUGCUGGGCUUCUUCCACAGCGAUUACUCCAAGCGCUUCGCCGCCCGGGUAGAUUACGGCCCCAGCACCAAGUUCGUGCCCACCACCCCCUCCGCCUUUUCCCUUUCCAUCCCCAACAGCCGCAAGUGGUACGCCCUGAAUUACCGCCAUGGCCGCCUUCUCUUCUGCUCCAAGGUGACCCAGGAGGGCCAGGACUUCCUCGUCUGGGAGCCCAUCACGGGCCACCAGCGGAUCCUGCCGGUGCCCGGGGCACCCAAGAAUUAUGUAAUGGACGCGGCCGUGGUUUGCGCAGCCGACGGGUGUGACCACCGCGAUUGUCAGGGGGGGCCCUUCCGCCUGGUCUUGGUCUACCUCGUCGAGAAUGUGGACUCGCUGUUCGUGCGCGCCUACUCGACAGAGACCGGCUCAUGGGGCGACAUGUCCACCGUCACCUACGAGCCCAUCAGGGAGAAGUCCAGCAUCCUUGUGGGGAAGUCUCUAUACUUCUUUUCCAUCUUCGACCGCAUGGUGAAAUAUGACCUGACCGGCCAGAGUGGCCUCUCAGUGAUCAACCUCCCGGAACCGGAAGUGUUAGCUGAUUGCCGCGGAGUCACUGGCCUCGUGCUCACGAGAGAGCGUGAACUGGGAGUUGCUGGAGUCAUGGAGACACGUCUCUACCUGUGGUCGAGUACGGCGGGUGACAAGGGUGAGCUACAGAGCGAGAACUGCAGGGUCAUUGAAUUGCACAACAUGCUCCCAGCUGCUGCUCUCUCAGCCUCAGAAAGGGUAGAUGUGGUUGGCUUUGCCGAAGAUGCAAAUGUGAUUUUCCUCAAAACAAUUGCUGGCGUCUCUGCAAUUAACCUCGAUUCAGAGCCGGCGAGGAAGGUGUACCAGACUAGCGAGACCUAUGAAACUUUGACUGCGUUCAGCAGCUUCUACAUUCCAGGUAAACGAGUUGCUUCGGCAGGAGGGGGCGAGGGGAUGCCGUAGGUUGCUAUGCUGAACUUACUUUGGGAAGAGAAGGGGGUUAUAUUCCUUUGUGAAUGAACUCAACUGAAGACAGGAGAGAAACGCACCGCAUGACCAAAAGAAAGUGUAAACGUUGUUUGUAAGGUCUCAAUUGUAUGUUUGCAAUCCUUUGGAGUUUACUGCUGCUUAUGGAUUCUAGUUUAGUUUCUUUAAACAUGCAGAAAGUCUGGGAAAUGUUCAUUUUGCAUGCUAUUGCCUCUCUUGUUGUUGCCUUUAUGCUAGACACCGAUGAUGCUGUUCGUGGCUCACAACUUGGAUAAUUUCUCCAAGACGUGUGAUACUUGCGUCCAUUUUGUUUAAUUUUAGCUGUGUUCAACUUGCA